UCCUUUUUGGUUAUUGCUGCCUGCGUUUUUAUAUUUUCCUUUUUUGGGUUUAGUUGUUUUCUCACUCUCACCUGCUUAUCUCCACUGGCCAUCGUCUCUUCACAAAGCUUAUCUACUCUUCCCGGUGGAGUAUUUGAUUCAAAGACUUCUUUUUCUUCAGUUGAUACUCUCUUCAGUCUUUGUAUUUAGUCUUUCGCCGGUGGAACUUUUUUCGCUGCAACAGCGGAGGAUCCCGAAAGCCCACCAAUUAUCACCACCACAAGUAUAGCUAAUGCGAGGCUUUCUUGUCCAAAAAGAGUGAUACCCUUUUGGAUUUAAUCGAAAUGCAGGCCAUUUUCUUGGGCGUUUGAGUUCUCAUUUUGUUCUGCGAGACAUUGCCCUUUUCUCUCCCGAUCUUGCCACAGUGAUCAUGAUUUAUCUCAAGAUUCUUGGUUUUCUUGGGCGAUUCUCCCCGUGUCUGUGAAUCAUUGCGGCGUGUAUUCUAGUGGUGCAUGGUUUCAAGAACCUUUCCGCUCUAGAAAUCUUCUCCACUGGAGGUGUCUUGGUUCUUCAGCAGAGAUUCUUGGUGGGUUUUCAACUGAAAAUCUCAUCUGGGUUCAGGUACUGAGUCUUUUCUCUACUGAUAUGCGGUAAUGAAUCUACUUUAAUUUUUGGACUCAAUAGUCUAAUUAUGGAGGAGUAUUAAUCGCUCAAUUGACAGUUCCGAGCACGGGAUUUCAACUGUUCUUUACUUAUUCUUAAUUCGGCAAUUAGUAUUUUUUUUUUCAAAAUUCUGGUAUCAUUGAGAAAUGCUGGGAAGAUUCCGAAAUUCUUGAGUUUCAAAUUGGUCUGUGAAAGCUUCUUUUACAAGAAAUUCCAAAAGAGAACCCAAAAGAAAACAAAGAAUUGCAACGGUUGGAACCUUCAAAGCUGCUUUGUACUCUUUCCUUGGCGAAUCUAUCUUAUUUAUACAGUAACCGUUGCUCUUCCAUUUAAUGGGGAUGGAGAAAUAUUCUUGUCACUCAUGAACUAUUGGAUUGGUAGUCUAAGACCGAGUGCUUUUGAAGUUUCUUUGGAAGAAUUUAGUGCAUUCCCUCAGUGUUUCUUUUUUUCAUAUCCUUGGAUCUGAAGCUCUAUUAAUUUAGAAGAAUUUUGGUGUUGACAUCCUGGCUGUUUUACUGUGGGGUUUCAUAAGGUUAAGCUGGUGGCAUUGUGCUGAAGUUUUCAAAGCAUCCAUGGGGCUUCUUCGAAGUCUCGUGAUGAUGCUUCUUUUCAUAUGGUUUUUCUGGUUGCCGGGUCAUAGGGCUCAACUGCCUAACUCUGCGCGGGAGCUUGAUGCUCUCCUACAAGACUAUGCUUACAAGGCAUUAGUUCGUCCCAGGACUGGCUUGCCUUAUGAUGGGACUGUUCCCUUGGAUUUGGAUGGGAUUAAGAUUGCAGCGUUGAGGCUCAGGAGUGGCAGCUUUAGGAGGAAAGGUUUUGACAUGUAUAAAGAGUUUGUGAUCCCCCAAGGAGUUAUUGAGCAGCCUUAUGUGGAGAGGCUUGUGUUGGUCUACCAAAAUUUGGGAAAUUGGUCUAUGCGUUAUUAUCCACUGGCUGGAUACACUUACCUUGCUCCAGUUCUGGGUCUUCUUGCUUAUAAUGCCUCCAAUUUAACUGCUACAAAUUUACCGGAAUUGGAUAUUAAGGCAUCUGACAAACCCAUAACCAUGAAAUUCCCAGAUGUGAAAUCAGCUCCUGAUGGAUAUAUUGCUAAGUGUGUGCGGUUUGAUUUACAAGGUAACAGUAGUUUUAGCAAUGUGGCUUCUGGCAACAAAUGUUCUACAAUUCAACAGGGGCAUUUUUCUAUAGUUGUUGAAUAUACUGCACCUUCUCCAGCACCAUCUGGUGGAGCUCCAAAUGUUCCAGAGCCAAAUGAAAAUGUUCCAGGGCCAAGUGAACAUGGAAAGAGUAAUUCUAAAGUGUGGAUAAUUGUUGGUUCUGUGCUGGGUGGAAUAUUGUUGUUGGCUCUUUUGUCAUUUCUAGUGCUGUGGGUGCAUAAAUUGAAGGAAAGGAAGAAAAUACAACAAAUGGAGAGGGCUGCAGAGGUGGGAGAAGCCCUGCAAAUGGCAUCAGUUGGGGAAAUGAAAGCACCUGCAGCAAUGGUGACUCGAACUCAACCAACCCUUGAGAAUGAAUAUGUGCCCUGACUCCCAUCAUUGUACAAGCUUCCUCUGCCUUUCCACAUCAAUUCUUAUUCAAGUUCAAUUCCUGUAUUCAGAAAUUCUUGUAAUUGCACCUAUUUUUGGUGGUGUCUCCUGCACGGUGCACUUCGGUCUUUAGUAGGCUCUUGGCUGUAGUGUGGGUAAUAUAGGAUUUUUGUGUAAAUCUGUUAUCACUCACAGACCGCCCAUAGAUUUACGAUUCAUUGUGGUGUGCAUUUAGCCAAAAGUGAUUCUAUAUGUGAUGAAUUUAGCUUCCCAUUGACAAAAAUAAAGCUAUGGUGCAUUCACUUCUGGAUUUUUUCUA